CCCGGCGCUGUCAAUUCCGCUCUCUGAUCCGCGAUGCGGUGCAUUUUCGAAGUUGCUUGCUAAUCCGAGAUUUCCUCUGCCGCUCGCGUGGUCCAUGGCCUGCGGCUGCACCUGGUGGCAACGAUAGGGCGGCUGUUGUUCUCCUGAAAACUCUUGCCUUCCCCUUUACUCGACCCUCGACCCUUGGACGCCUCGUGACUAACAUCAAUCUGUUCCUCGAGCUCGGCGCGCCAUCUGGGUGACGCUCUUGGACCCCAUCGACCGAAGAGACUCCAGUUGAGAUGGAGCUCGGACAACUAAGAGCAUCAGAAUCGCUUAUCCUCAUCGGGACUUCUUGAUCUCGUCUGCCAUACAUUUUUCCUUCGCGGGCCUCUGUCCCGUCGUUUGCGCGAUAGAGUCUGGAAAGCCGUGGCUCGGUGCCGACGACGGCGGACUACGCUGUCACCGGCUGCCGCGAGCCCGAUUAUUCUAUAAGCAGCCGACAUGGAGACUGGAGAAUAUGAAACUAAUACACUGUCGAUAAAUAGUGUCUCGUCCAUCACUUAUCGUCUAUACGAACCGUCACCCAACUUGUCGCAAAACUUCGCUUCGGUUGCCCUGGAGAUUGAGAACUCGCUGAGGGAUAGAGGGUACAUUGUUUUAUACGAUGCAGCUAGGAGAGGGCUAUGGCACUUCCUAUUUCUUACAAAGGAUGAGGAGGAGAACUUGGACAAGGUGGGCGACAGCCUUAGACUGCCGUUCGAUGUGCUCGAGCAGGGCCUCGUUGUAAAAGAAGAGGGCAUCAUAGAGCCUCCGAUAAUGCCAAAGCCUCGUUCUCAGGCUCUUCAAUCCGGCAACACGCCUACGAGCCUCUUGUCAACUAAUUCUACCUUGGAACAAGCCCACCGUCCAGCUCUCUCCUCACCUCUGCAAACCACUACACCAUCCUCGCAAGAUCACGAAUUGAAAGCCGAAUCCAGGACCAAGACAACAGCGCAAAGUUUGCUAUAUGAAAAACUUAUCACGGCCGUCUCGCUAACGAUAUCGACUGCUUUUUGUCGUCGAACUGGGGCCAUUCCUCUCAACUACAGGACGAUUUUGAUGUCUCCAACUGCGUAUAGCGCACAGCCGCACGGAAUUGCUAUCGGCAGACCACAGAUAUUGGGCACAUUCAGAGUUUACUUGACGACUACUGGGGCACUGGUGGUCGGUAUUUCUCUAACAAAAUGCAAAGGGAUUCUGUCACUAGACGAUACCGCCGCCUCUAGUCUGGCCCCUUCUGGCUACUCCGUCCUCGCAGCUCCUUUUGGCAUCAUGACUGCUACCCAGAAUUUUGUUCCUGGAGACGGUGGCAUGUCAAGCCUUGCUCAGACACCGAUGACCCAUUUUUUUAGCUUCCGUAACGGACUGGACGGCCAGGAGUCUUUGUGGAAACAAGCUUGCCAACGAUUCUUAGAUUUCAGGGGAAUAGCUGCCUCGACACUGGGGGGAUGUCUUUGGGUAAACCUCUUAGUACCCAAGUCCAAAAGUGUAGAUUCCAAGGGCGACCACCGAUCCUCUGGCGCACAUUCCUCAUUUACCCUACCAUGGCCAAGGCGUCUGUGUUUCCGCAAGAAGAAUGUCGACGCAUCCUCUACUAGUCGCGUCGUAGAUACUGUGCUGAGUGGCCAUGAAGAAAGCCACGAUCCUCUUGGCAACGCGAAAGGCUGGCACAGCUCUAUUACUGAAAGAGAAGAGAGGAUCAAACGAGUAAUGGAGCGCACGGCGACUAUGCCCAAAGACUCGCACCCGCAACCUGCAGAUUCGAAGACACCUAAGCUGAGCGGCCUAUCUCCUGUGGCUUUGCAACGCCCUAACACGGCAACAGCUGGUAUCAUGUACCCGACACCACCAGAUGGGAUCCAGCAACCCAACGGCGUCACUCCAUCAAUGGAUGGUACUUUUUCCAGCCCAGGCAAUCCCUUGUCAGCACAAAUCAUGCCAGAAGCAGAUGUGACAAUACAGAAUGAGCCGGCAGGAGGGGAUGGCCUCGACCAGUCUCCUAAUGUUGCUGAACCCAAGAGACGGCGGAGUGAUAACAAUCUUCUCGGCGAUACCGACAACAUGCUAGGAGGAGAUGUAGGGGGGGACAUGUUUGACGACAACGAUAUAACUGAGGCGGACUUCAACUUCUUUGAUGAGAAGCCUGGCGACCUUGAUGUUGAUAUGGCGAUGAGCGAUCUGCCUAGCUCAGAAAUGGCGCCGUCCCAAGCUGCUGAAGAACCCAUACGGCCUGUCGAAACCAUGCAACAGCCUCUGGCACCGACGCCUAUGUCCCUACCACCUGCCCCUUCUCUCCCUCCUUCAACGCCAACUCCAGUUCCCGCCGUGAGUCCAACUUCUGCGCCUGCUCCUGCUCUACCAGCAGCGACCUCACUGCCGCCUCCUCCACAGCCGCCUCCUCCGCAGAAAGAAACGGUAGUAUUUGCGAAGCCCGAAUUAAAGCAUGCCAGAAGCCAGAAUGAAGAUGCGGCCCGUCGAAACCGAGACAUACGAGUUACACCCGCAAAGCGCGAGUCCAGCCCAUUUGACCCUCAUGCUGUUUUUAAGCGGGUAAAGGCGUCCUUGAAAAUACCUAAAUAUGACUCCUCCAUUUCAUCUCAACAUCCCUGGAGGAAAGCAAAAGUAUUUGAGAGCCUUGAUUUCGAUCCAGCAAUACCAAUGAUUAGCAAAAAAUACGAACAAGGAGGUUUUUUCGACUUGAGCGGUCUUUCAAAGGUCGAGAGGAUGGAAAAGGCAAAUGGUGAUGUUCGAGCUGUACCAGAGACUGAUUAUCUGAAACGUCAUGGUAAACUUAACAGGAAACCAAGGGAUCGUUCGACUGCUCGCCAUGCUGGAGGCAAGCAAUAUUUUGCGUUGGAACCGCAAAUACUGACAACCAGCCCCAUGAAAUUGGAUGGGUCAAUAUCAGACAGAGAAGAUGGUAACAUAGAAUCAGAUCAAGAUGACUCUAGCUACACGUCUGACGAACCUGGAUCUCCGCACAAAGCCAGCAUCAGGUUAAUUCAUGGAGAUGACGAUAUCCUGUCUCAGAUUACCUCCUUGAGAGAUUGUGAUAUUGAGGAGCCCGAUCAUCAGCUGGCAAUGGAAUUACCGCGGUUAUCGAAAUCAGAUAUAUCAGGAGUGCCACUCUCUCAACUUUUUCUGGAUCCAGAACCGUUAUUGUUAGAUAUGGGCUUGACCGACGAAGAUGUAAUCCAAAUUGCCCAAAUUGUGACUGAGCAAGCCGCAACUGGGUCGCUAGACAUCUUCAAUGCGUCGGAUUUCGAGCCUGCAACUCUAUCAGCGAGCGAAAAGCGCUCAGAUUUAUCUAUACAUGCUCGAGACGCGUUUUAUACUCUUGAAGGGAUUAUUAUGCACUUUUUCGAAGAUGCAAUGCCGGUGCGUCUCAAGGGUCUACUGGAUAUACAAGACUUGCCGAUCUUAAGUCAGUUUAUACCACGACAUAUAACUGGUAGAGAAGGAAAUUCUGAGGCGAUGCGCCCAAGCAAUCUAUACCAAAUCCCAAGCCCUCAUUUAGAAGUACAAAGAGCAGACACAAAACUCUCUGUUCUGCCUUCAGCUGUACCAUUUUGGGAGAGUUUGGGUCUCUCACCUUCUUCUGGCAGCAAGAACAUUAACGCGAUCUGUGUCUUUCCUGGGUGGUCUGGAAUGGGAGAUAAUGUUAAAGCCUUUUUGGAUCGCGUUAAAAGUGUCUAUGAACUGCUGAAGUUGGGCACAUUUGAAGUCAUGCCUCUUGGUGAAGAUGUGGAAGCAGGCCUGUUGCCAUAUGAGGUUGAUAGAAUAACCACUUCACCAGAUGCCACCGUGACCAGGCACGGCUCAGCCAUGGUUGAAUGCAUGGAAGCACUGCGUGGAGUAUUCAACAGCCUCACAAUUACCGAGACGAAUUUUGUUAUUUAUUUUGUUUAUUCCCCCGAGAAUCCUGGGACCAUUAUCGAAUCAUGCACAGCAUUUCAGCGAUUUUACGAAUCUUACCAAAAGAUUCUAGCAAGCCGAAAAGAACCGCCCCAGAACGAGCUGGUUUUGCAGCUGGUAUCCACAGAUCUACUCUCCUCCCCAUCAGCCUUGGUCAUUACUCAGACUUCAGAUCUUGUCAGACUCUGUAUCGAGACGUAUGAUCGCUGCACCUUAUUUGGGGGACCAAUGCCAGCCCCAGCAAUCAGACUUGAACAAUUGUUGCCGCGUAUCAUUGAUUUCAAGCUGACCACGAAUCCCUCAGCUUCCCUGAUCCGUGAAAAUUCAUGCAUUCACGUGGCAUACUCCCAGAGCGUUGAUGAGCGAUGGGUUACUGCGGCGUGGACAGACGACAGGGGUAACCAGCAAGCGACGGCUGCCUACUGCAUGGGAAGAAAAGGAAAGCCACCGUCUCGAAACAUGACCGAGAUCGCCAAUGAAAUAUGGGAGACAACGCUGGAACUAAUUUCCUCCUGGAAUGUUCUUUGGAGGGUCAUUAUCACUAAAUGCGGGCCGAUGCCGCAGCACGAGGUGGAUUUUUGGGUUGACCUGGCUCGCACCGAGAUCCAUGCCAAGGUCACACUGGUCUUGCUCACAGUUGACUCGAGUCCAUCGCUUCAACUUUUACCACCGGCAAUCAAGCUUCCAGCGCCCACAGCUGCUCUCCAUACUCCAGUUUCUACUCCGCAGCCCUCUAUGCAGUCUCCGGAGCCUGUUGCUACUCCUGCAACGCCUGCAGCUAAUGCGACGGCCGCUACUCCUUCUAACGAUGGUGCCGCGGCUGGCGCUGGCGAUGCCGACUCGGAUGAUAUUUUGGUUGACGCUACCGACCAAACUUGGGGAGCUAUAGCCAGCCACCGACUAAGCAACUCCACUAGUAUUUUAGAGGUACAGCUCUCUUUAAUGAGUGGGUAUUUGAUCAAGAGGACAGGACUUAGGUUGGAAGAUCCCCCCAUCGUUAUGGAGGUCAAUCUAAUAUACACAGAGGCAACUCCACGAGUGCAUGAACCUCUUUUAAGAGAGAUGUUGGGAUACUUUAGGGGACUAGGCACGCUGGCGAGGGCGCGUGGAGUGGUGGAUAAGGAAGGGGAUGUUCGACCCUGGCACGUUGCAGCGGCUGAAAAAGCUGUGCGUGCGCUGUAUCUGUUAAUGUGAGGUCAUUUUCAUGAUUAGGCAGGGGAGAAGUUCCCCUGUUUGUUAUUACCUCUAUACGACGACAAACGUUGGAAACAUGUCAUUUGUUCUUUGGCGUUAACCUUUUUUCCCUUUUCAUUGGCGUUGGGUAUGGUAUAGGCAGAGGUGGUCUUCAUUUUCUGAUUAAGGGAGUGAUAGAAAGGGUGGGAGGUUGGAAGCAGACCAUCCUAUUACACAGGAGGUGUUUUGUCUCGUUCUAGCAUAUCUAUGCAUAAGGCUGGCGAUGACAUUUGCGGCUUUAUAGAUAGAUUUUGAUGUUGGGUGAGGGGAGAGGCGUGAUAUUCGGAGUAUAUGUAUACAUAUAUAUUUUGUUUUAAAUGAGGGAUACAGUAUACCUACCUCUAUGGAGCAAUAAAUUGCAUUGAUUUCCGAU